AGAUAAUAAAUAAUACACCCAACUGUUCACACAUAGAUUUAACUGUUAAACCCCGAGUUUACCUUCUUAUGAUGAGUUUUUCUUUAUAAAAAUACACAUUAAACGGGAGCGAAUCAGUCUUAAACUCGCAUCUUGAUUAAAAUGACGCCCACAAUUCUUAUUGUCUUUACCUUUGGAAUGCUCCACCUGAGUGGGGCACAAAUAAGGGAUUGCUCCAAUUCAUGCAUGUUACGUGCCCGAUGCUCACCUUAUUACAAGGAUCUUGUUUGGACCGUAGUCGACGGUGCUUGUCGAGUCUACCAGAAUGGUUGCAUAUUUGGAAACGAAAAUUGCAUGAGAGCUAACCAAUGCCUUCCACCCUUGAUACGCACAACACGAGAGCACUGUAUGUCUUUCUGCCCAAGGAUGUGUUCUCGAGGUGCCCCCCAAGUUUGUGGAUGGUUUCCUUAUACAAAUAGCAAUGGGACCACUGGCGGACGUGAAAUAACAUUCAGAAGUCGCUGUCUGCUGGAUCUUUACGCCUGCCAGAAUUCUGACGCCUAUGUCAAUGAACCAAGCAUCGGACCUUGCCCUUAAAACCACAUAAAGAUGUUCGUUACAACCGCUUUAAAAUUUUUUGAUUAUUUUAUAUAUACACUUGUAUACAACAAAUAUUCAUUCAAAUUGAAACAAUAAAACAGCUGUAAAUACAUGA